UCCGACCCAGGCGCGGGGCUCAGUUGGUCAACCAUUGUGAGUUUGAACGACUACUGCGCCCAACCCCCCUCAGAUUCAGUUCCAUGGACUGUCGCGACCCUUCACAAUCUGCUUCUAAUUCCUCCUUGCAGCGCACAGCCUAUCUAGACCUCAUCUCAACUCUUGUUUCCCCCAAGUCAUAUCUCACUCACGGGCAACAGCCUAAAGCGCCACCGUCUCAACCCCAUUCCUCGGUCGCACAGCAGGCCUUCAACACCACCACCUCGCCAACAAUGGACAAGCAACAGCCUAGCUCUUUCCAGCAGCUGGAGAAGCUCGGAGAGGGUACCUAUGCUACGGUCUUCAAGGGGCGGAACCGCCAAACAGGCGAGCUAGUUGCACUGAAAGAGAUCCAUCUAGACUCCGAAGAAGGAACGCCAUCGACCGCGAUUCGAGAAAUCUCUCUCAUGAAAGAGCUCAAACAUGAAAGCAUUGUCUCGCUAUAUGAUGUGAUUCACACAGAGAACAAGCUGAUGCUUGUCUUUGAGUACAUGGACAAAGAUCUUAAGAAGUACAUGGAUACACGAGGCGAUCGAGGUCAACUGGACCAGGCAACCAUUAAGUCAUUCAUGCAUCAACUCCUGAAAGGCAUUGCGUUCUGCCAUGAGAACCGAGUCCUCCAUCGUGAUUUGAAACCUCAAAACCUUCUUAUCAAUAAGAAAGGACAGCUAAAACUUGGGGAUUUUGGCCUGGCCCGCGCCUUCGGUAUUCCCGUCAACACCUUCUCCAAUGAGGUUGUGACGCUUUGGUAUCGUGCUCCAGACGUCCUGCUAGGCAGCAGAACUUAUAACACGAGCAUUGACAUCUGGUCAGCCGGCUGUAUCAUGGCGGAAUUGUACACCGGUCGUCCCCUAUUUCCUGGCACCACUAACGAAGAUCAACUCCAAAAGAUCUUCCGUCUCAUGGGAACGCCUUCAGAACGGUCAUGGCCCGGCAUCUCUCAACUGCCGGAGUACAAAUCGAACUUUCACGUCUAUGCGACCCAGGAUCUUGGCCUGAUCCUACCUCAGAUCGAUCCGCUGGGCCUCGAUCUGUUGAACCGCAUGCUUCAACUUCGGCCCGAGAUGCGCAUCAGUGCUCACGACGCCUUGCAGCAUCCAUGGUUCCACGAUCUUCCUCAGCUACAGGCGCAGCUGCAGCAGCAGCAGCAGCAGCAGCAACAACAACAGCAGCAGCAGCAAAUGUCUGGAGCUUAUGGAGGGAUGGUGCCUCCCCAACAAGCGUAUUAGCCCCUUGCAUGUCGGAAGCGAUUGGUCUUCAACUCCCGUAUCUCAAUAUUGAUUCUGUUCUCUGCUGGUAUGUCUUACCGUCGCCCUUUGUUGGCGUAUAUUCAUCAGACGAAGGACGUGGUAGUGGUCUUGGGUUAGAACGAGGAGCGUGGCGUUAUACUUGAAGAAGGGCUUGACGUGGUGUUCUCGCGGGUUCUCGUCUUUUUCUCAGCUUAUAAUUAGCGUAUGCAAGGCAACUAUCGUCAGUGGGUCAAUAAUAU